CUUCAGGCGCUUGAAUCCUUUGCCAUAAGUUGCCCCUACUGCCACCUGCCAGCUUUGUGCAACUCUUAUGCUCUAGGUCAAGGGCUUUGUGCCCCCAGAGUGAACUGAGGAAUGAAAUCCCAGAAUUAACAUACUGCUGGCUCAUUAAAUGCUGGAGAGAGUUGCUCAGUCGAGAUCUCAGGCCCAGUAUCACUCGUCCCUUCCUUGUCUGAUCCCUCCCACCCUCUCCUCUGCAUAUAAGAGGCAGACUUCACUCCCUCUCUUUUCCCCUCAGUCAAGUCACAGCAAUGCUGACUUUCACAUUCCUGAGCGUCUUUCUGCCCCAUGCACCCGUGCCUGCCCUUAUUCUCCCAGGGCCUCAGCAGGCAGCUCGGCAGGAGGAGGUCAACUUGCUUGUCUACGGGGUGCUGCAGUUCAGCGGCACGCUGCGUGACCUCUAUGACUCCACGGCACAGAAGCUUGAUAGGAUCAGGCACAGGACUGACCUCUAUGAACACGGCCUGGGGGUGCUACUUCAACAGACUCAAAGUGCCCAGCAGAAACAGAAAGAGAUCAGAGAGAUUAUUGAAAGGCUGAAGGCUGAGGACAUGAUAUCACGACAGCAGGGUCAGAGCAACAAGGAAGCACUGCAGAAGGUUCUUCUGGGUCAGCACAACCUGGCACAACAAGUGGGGAUGCUUGAAGAGAUGCUAGUCAUCAUGGAAGACCGAGGUUCCCAAACUAAGGGAUGGGAAUUUUCUGCUUUGAAGGAGAGUCGCUCCAUCCCCUUGAUCAUUCUGGUUGCCAUUUUUCUGAACUUUUCCCAGCUCUACAAUAUCCUUUUUGAGCCACAGCACUCUGGGUCGACAUCUUCAUCGAGCUGUCCACUACAAGCCCAAGGUCUCGCUCCCGGCACACAUGCAACAGCAGAAUCUCACCGUCUGGUCCCUGCUGAGAGCUACCCAGCAGCAGCAGCAGCAGACGGCUCAACAGACAGAACAGCUGCUCUGGAUCCAAAACCAGAUGAAGAACCACAGCGGUGCCAUGCUGGACGAGGGGGACCAGGACAAAGACACCGCAGCAACGUUAAGGUCAAAAAGGCAAAGGGGAUCAUAAUCUCUAGAGCAGAAAAACCACCUGUUCACAGCAGCUUUAUGACACCUUUUCGCAUCUGUCUUGUAACAUGGCUGAUUCUGCUACAGCAGCCGUGGGCUGCCCAGUCAGAGGUCAGGAGCAGGCUAGAAGGACCAUCCGGCCUCACCAUGAGUACUCUCCGUCACCUGCUGGAUUUAUCUAUGUAGACUGAAGUGGCAGUGCAUCACCUUCUCAUAUGAGUAACUGCAAGUCCUCUGAGGGUUCUUCAGAAAGUUGUAGUAUCAGUUCUGAACAGCAGUAGUCAACUGAAUAACCUUUCUGAAAACUACAUGGCCUUCACCCAAGGCUGCAUCAGAGAAGGCUCCAGUUAUGCAGAGCUUAUUAUGUACAUACACAGAGCAUCUGCUUGUCAGUAUGGAUGGGCAUUCUGUGCUACAACACUGCCUUGGCUGCCAGAGCUUACCAGGAAUGAGAGAACAACAUUGUUAGUGCUUCACUAGGUCAGACACUGGAAGGGAGAGGCAACAGCAGUUUCCAAAAGACUACAGUUUUAUCUACUGCAUGCCAGAGAAGGACUGGGUCUUUAUUCAGUCUAAUGACAACAGCAGCUGAACACUAGACCAGAGCCUUGAUGCUGAACUCUUGACAGUUCUGUGGUCUUAACAGCAACCUACGCCCUGACAGUUGGUAGGGAGCUGGAAGCUUGUCACAGUGUCAUUUAAAAUCAGUACCAAAAACCGCAAGACAAACCAAGAAGGAACUGAUUUUCAGAAUAAAAAAUGGUUUAAGCUACAAGUCCCUUUUACCCCUUUGGUUCUGAACACACACUUUUAAGGAGCCAGCACACUAUUUUAUACAGCAACAGGAUUGUGAGUGCAAGUUCUGAGGGAAGCUUCCUAUAAAGGGAAGCACAUUGCUAGCAACUGAGAGAAAAUAGGAUAUGGGUGAACUGGAUUUGAAGGAAAGGGAAUCAAAAGUUUCAAGCAAAAUCAUUCUUUUUUUAGUGACUACAUCACCCAGAACUUUAUCUACAUAUGCUUCUGUCACUGCAAAAUACAGGGGAAUUCAGCACCAUAAGAUUGAAAAAAAUCAGAGCUGAGGCAUGGAAUUUAAGCAUCGUAAAGCAUGCAAAACAGAGCUACUUUUGCCCUCAUUGGCCAGCAGAGUGGCCCCAACCCUGCUCUGCAAUAUAAAGUACAUUCACCUACCUGUAUGUUGUGUGAGGUGUGUAGACUUCCUUGACUGGAAACUCCAGGAUCUCCUUGGUGGGCCGGACCCGGAGGUCAGGAUAGGGCUGGACAUGUAGCAGUUCAGGAGACAGGCAGUAAUGGGCACUCUCUGGCACAGGUGAAAUGUCAAUCUUGAGUUGGGCUAUGGCGCAGAAACAAGAGAAGUGUGUGCGGUGUUUGUAAGAAGAGUUUGCAUAAAGAAAACAUGUCAGAACAGAUAAAGCUCUGAGAUUGAGUAUGCAUUGUAAGGUAUGCUGGAAAGUGGUGGGCCACUGGAGUUUCCUGAUCUCCAUCACAUCUGAAGUCAUUCUCAAUUCUCAUUCUGUUCUACUUACUCUUGGGAAGGGUGAGUGAGCACCUGCAGCAUCAGAACUAUUCACCUUUAGGGGGUGCCAACUAUGAGCCAUACACGGGGGAAGCACAGAGAAGGCUGCCUUUUAUAAACACAGGGAUGGAAAGAGGCAACAGAAACCAUAGAGGGCCCUCUUUCACCAUAAACAGAGAACAGUGAUGAAGGGUGGCUUGAAACUUUUAAAUAAAUAAUGAAUGAAUG